GGACAUACAUAUUCACAAGGCCCAGGCAGACACCCAAGUCCAUCGCUCCUUCCUCCGACAUGAUAUCCACGUUUCGACACCCGUCCAUCCAUCAAUCCAUCAGCCACCCAUUCACCCACCCUCAGUCAGUCAGUCAGUCAUUCUCGCCGAUUCCCUCACUCAGUCACUGCAUGGCAACUAGCGCAUCCCCACACCGCCAGCAUAAGAUACUGGAUUCGCCACCGCGGCCUACAAACACCACACACCCGGCAGAGUCGAUGAAACCAUGCCUUCCCUCCCGGCCAGCUUAAGAUGGCUGCUCGCUGACCUGCCCGUUCUGCACAGCUGACAUGGAUGCCCUGAAUGAAUGAAUCAAUGAAAUAAAUACACACUAACAAUCGCUGACCCACUGACUCGCUGGCUUUCUCGGGAGGGAGGGGACAGUCUCGUCGGGCGUUCUUCCUUCCUUCCUGCCUGCCUUGAUGCCUGUCUCUGACUGACUGACCUGCAUACAUCCGUCGCUUCGGCAUUCAAGAGCUGCUUUGGCGGGCCCUUUGCGAGCGGCGGAUGGAGGCAACGAGCGUGACUUGCGCGCGGCUAGCAGGCCAUAGCAGACACAGCACACCCUCUCACCCGCACUGAUGGGUCGGUGCGCCUGGGACAGCGAACAGGCCCUCACGCUGACAUUCAUACAUACAUACAUACAUGUGGAUGCAUGGAUGGGGUGCAUCCAACAAGCCAAGGAUAGGGAGGGAGAGAGGGGGGGAACAAAGAGACAAAGAGACAGACAUGCUCUGACUGAGGCCUGUGAUGAGGGAGGAAAAGGGGCUGGCUGCGUCCCUCCCUGCCUGCCUUUCUUUCGUACGUGGUAUGCGUGCCAUGUUCUUGGCGUGAUGGCUGAGACACAGUGCCAACGAGUGCCGUCUGCGGAGUAUCUGCCAGCCAGCCAGCCAAACACACAGACAGAACCCGUUGGCCCUCAAGUCAGUGACGCUUCACGUUGCCUUGCCCCUCUCUCUCCCUGUCUCACUCCCUCUCUCCCGCCCCAUGUCUGUCACUCAGUCCAUUGCCCCACUUGCUCCCUCACCUGUGAUCCACACAUUCAUGCCCAUCUUUCUGUGCCCAUCCAGCGUCGGCCGCGCUUGAUGCACCACUCUGGGAUCUGCACACACACGAAACAAGGGAGGGCUUCUGUGUGUUUCAAGCCUUUCAAUCGUAUGGUACAUACGUACGUGCAUGCACUGCGUGUGUGUGUGUCCAUCGCCCACCCACCCACCCAGCCAGCCAGCCAGCCUUCCCACGGCCACCCAGCCAGGUAGGUGCCUACCUGCAGUCCCGUCGGGGAAUAGGUUGCUCCAGAAGAGUGCCCGGCCGCGCCGUGGAUGGAACCGCUGGUUGAUGAGCGGGAAAUCCGUCUCACCGCCAGCCGAAUCAGGCAGGGACGUCAGGUACUGACCCACACACACACACAUACACACACAUUGCACGUGUAUGGUAUGAGUCAAGUUGUAGGUAGGUGGGUAGGUACGUAGGUAGUCAUGCAUAGACGCUGCAAGGCCAGCCCAGCCCGCAGACCUGCCUGCCUACCACGAAUGCAGUGAGGAUCCUCCUGGGCUCCUCAGCAAAUGCGUCGGGCAUGACUACACGGAUGUCAGGUGGGCUGUCCUGGAAGUCCUCGCGGCUUCUGCCCCCAGACGCGGCCCCCGGAAGCUUCAGACCUACGGCGUCUACAUCUCCCUCCAGACGACCUGCGUCAUGAUGAAUAUCGAAAUACUGCAUGCCAUGCCAUGCAACCAAACAACCAAUUCACCCGCGACACAACACAACACAGCACAACACAACACAACACAGCAAAGGGAGAAACACAUUUGAAUAAAUGCCAAACGGGUUGUGUUGAUUGAGCUGUCUGUCUGUCUGUCUGUCUGUGGCGUGGUGUGUGGUGCGUCUUUCUCGACUUACUUACCUGCCCCGGGGCGUAUGAGAGGAGCUGCAGUGGCUCGACAUUCUCGUGUGGCAGACCAACGCAAUCAGCCGCCCUCCUGACCACACCACACAUCACACGACAGACAACAGUGUCACCUGCAGGUACCUGCAACUUGGGCUCAGUGUGUCUCUGUGUGUACGUAUGUGUGUGUGCAUCGACAGUGUGCUGGUGGAUGGGAUGGCCGGCCCAGCACCCCAAUCAAUCUGUGUGCGCCCUCUCCUGUGGUUCAUUCAACUGACCUCUCAAUGUUGCGGAUAACGGUGCUGCCGCACUUUGGCAGGUGAGUGUAGGUGGACGUGCGGCACUCAUCAUACACCAACUGAUGGUACAUGCAUGUACACACACACACACACACACACACACACAAGAUCCGUCCGUCCGUCCGCGCAACUAGUGGCGUGUGUUCAGGGUGUGGUGCCCCCGACCUGACCUCCUCGUUCUCUAGGUCUUGCGUGAAGCUCCGCUGGAACUCAUCGUGAUGCUGACUGUAGUACUGGGCGAUGUACGACAGCUCGCUGCAGCCAUACACGGGAUCAGGUGUGUGCCCGACCUCUGUUCUACUGAUAUGUAUCCCUCCCUGCUGACCUUACCUUUCCGUCAGGAACUCAUCGCACGCAUAGAUGUUUGGCGUGCGGUGGACCAACUCAAGAGUCCUGCCACCUGCAGUGCAGGCAGCAGACAGAUGAAUGAAAGGAUGGACAGAUUCAGACAGCUAGAGAUGCAGCCAUCACUCACUUACAGAUUCGUUCGACCGCCUGCGGCUUGGAAGUGUAGAAUAGGCGCUUGAACUGCUCUGACACGUGUAUCGCCCUCGGCCGCUCCUUCAGACCCUGAAUGCGCACCGACUUUCGACUAGGAUUCAUCCUUGCUCAUUUC